AUGACUAAGUAUCUAGGCUUUGGUUUAAUAAACCAAUUAAUUGCUUUAAAAAAAUUUCUCAGUGCAAAAAGACCAAAAAAAUCCUCAUCAAUUACCCCUACUUCAACCUUUCCACCUCCAACAAAUAAAAUUGAAAAGGAUGUAAAAAUAAAUCAAAGUCCAGAUACAACAACAACAACAAUAUUAAAUGCUCAAAAUAAUAAUAAUAAUGAAGAUUUAAAAUUUAAUAAUAAUAAUUUAAAAAUGACUAAAAAUGAAGGGGUUAAGGAAGGGGGAAUAAUUAAUGAUGGUGGGGGUUAUAAGCAGCAACAACAAUUAGUUGGUGGAGGUGAUUGUUUGGAUGAAAAUGGAGGUGAAGAUGGCAUUUCGUUAAGCGGAACUUGUGAUUAUGACGAUGACCAACAACACUAUGAAUCUGGGGACAGUGAAUACAGCAAUAAUGCUUCUAGAGGGGAAUUGAAACCCUCCAAAAAAUUUUUAAAUUCUUUCCAACGCCGUUUACAAAAACACGAAGAAAUUGGAGGGGAUUUUGAUGAUUAUGAUGAUGGUGGACAGAGUGAGGGAGGAGGGGGAGGUAUUGGAAGUGGAAGAAGAAGAGUCCCCAAAGUUUUUAGUAAAGAGGCGAUAAGCAAGUUUAGAGCAUGGCUUUUCAACAAUAUUACGCAUCCAUAUCCAGCAGAAGAACAAAAACGUCAAUUGGCAGCAGAAACGGGGCUAACCAUUUUACAAGUUAAUAAUUGGUUUAUUAAUGCCCGUCGCCGUAUAGUCCAACCAAUGAUUGAUUCUAACAAUAGGGCAGGUCGCCCAGUUGCUGUUUUUAAAAAUCGUAGACGUAAAGGAAGUAGUAGUUGUGUUGAUGGGGGAAGUGGAGGGGGAGGUGUUGAUGGUGCUUCUCCUUCUGGAAAUUCUGAUUGUGGAGGAGGGGAUAAUGGAAGGAAUAAUAACAGUAUUAGUCCUGAGGAUGAACAAGUCCUUUCUUCGUCUACAACCCCUCUAAAUAAUAACAAUUUUAUUUCUUCCCAACAACCAACAAAUAUAUCUACAACAACCACAAACAUUAAUUUAAACAAUACAAACAAUAAUUUACUUUUUUCUUCGGCUUCUAAUAACCCUUACCAAGCUGCUGCGUCUUUAGCUGCUGUUGUUUCGAAUCCUUAUGCUGGGGGAUUUGGCGCUUUUCCAUUCACCACCGGAAUGACUGGAAUGUCGGCAGCUGCUGCAAUUAUGCCCAACAAUAAUAAUUAUGGGGUAUUAAACUCUACUGGAGGGAAUACAUUAAAUUCUGGUUGGAUUCCACAAAAUUAG